GCAAGUGUUAAUUGUAAAUAUAUUUCCAACUAUUUCAAAACCUAAUAAUUAAACUAAUUAUAGGCUACCCUCAAAUUUGAAUUGAUUUUUUGGAUACAAGGCAAGUGAUGAAAGAGUAUUUUCAACUUUGAGUUACAUUAAGAAUAAGGUUAGAAAUCAAAUAUGCGAUCAGUUUGUGAAUUAUUGUCUAGUAGCAGAUUUGUUGAGCAGUGUAGAGAACGGAGUCUAUUUUAUAUUCUUUUUUUAGAAUAUAAAAACACGUUGUAAUCUUUUGUGAAAAUUUGUACUAGACGAGUAUUUUCUAAUUUAUGAAUUAUUUAAUUAAAUUAUUUAAUUUAAUUAAAUUUUUGGAAAAGGACACCCUGUAAAAAAUUUCUGGAUCUGCCACUGACUCCAACUAGAGUUAGUAUUACCCAACAUCUGGCGCAUGUAAAUCAUACGUAGACUAGUAUUACUCUAAUACAUACAAUGGACAAGUAUGAUUUUUUUUUUGUAGUUGUAUGGCGUUUAUACAUGAAUAUUAGAAUGACCUAGCUAGCCAACAUGACCUACUAGCUAUGGCCUUAGCUACAAGGUCUAUCAAGCCUAGGCCUAUCACACUCAAAAUUUAUAAGUUUGUAUUGUUACUAUUAAGUGGAAAAAAUAGUUAUAAUAGGAUAAGCUUGUUGAGAAUGAUUUUGUCCAUUAGUUAAAUGUUGUGAUCAUCCCUUGUAAUACACAUCGAUAGAAAGUUAUAGCAAAUCAGAAUUAUUUUUCUCCUUAAAGCUGAGCGCUAAGAUGAGGACCAGUUCAUUAUUGUCUCAUUAAGUUAUUGUAGAGGAUUCAUGUAGACGUCAACCAUUCUCCACCGUUCACAUUAACUUAUAAUUAGGGCUGUCAAUUUGGAUAACCAAAACCAAACCAAACCAUUAGCAUGAAAAGUGAAAACCAAAAACCAAAUUAGGCAAAUUCACAAAAACCAAAACCAAUAAGAGGCUUAUCGGUUUUUGGAUAACCAUAAACCGAUAAUCUUCUUAAUGGUUUCGAUAAACCAAAAAUAAAAAAUAUGAUUGACUUCAAAGAAAUUAAGGAUCCUUCAAGAAAAUAAGGGUCCUUAUCGGUUUAUUAAUUUUUUAUUGAUUUUUUUAUUUUAACCAAAACCAAAACCAUUAAUAUGCUAAAUGAUUUAAAACCGAAAAACCAAAACCGUUAACCUUUUAAUGGUUCGGUUUCGGUUAAAACCGAAAAAACUAAAACCAAAUUGACAGCCCUAUAUGUAAUUUGAAAAUGCAUAUGACAUUAACCUUUGAAGGGUUGAUUGGCCAAUUUAACAAACUUAGUGGCUAUAAUAGCGAAAAACAAAAGUACAAGGGCUGAAUCGGCAAACGAAACAUACAUGACGUCGAGGGAACGAAGGAAGGAUUAACGGACCAAAAGCAAAACAAAAUCAAACGUGGUUCAUUUUCAUUUGACAUUUGUGGGAGGCGCGAGAGGGCACUCCCAAAGAAGAGCGGAGAAGGAGAAGAAAAAAGGGAAAAUUCGGUUUUGAGGAAGAAGAAGAGAAAUUGGCGGAAUUUUUAUAGAUUAGAUUAGAAUUUAGAUAGAUAAGAUUUGAUGGGAAGAGCAUUUGUUUACGUGAUUCUGGGAGGUGGAGUAGCAGCUGGAUAUGCAGCUCUCGAAUUCACCAGGAAAGGCGUCGCUCCUGGCGAACUCUGCAUCAUUUCUGAAGAACCUGUUGCACCUUAUGAGAGACCUGCUCUGAGCAAGGGUUAUUUACUUCCAGAAGCUCCCACACGCCUCCCAUCGUUCCACACCUGCGUUGGAGCUAAUGAAGAGAGGUUGUCUCCAAAAUGGUAUAAAGAACAUGGGAUUGAGUUGGUGCUUGGUACUCGAGUUAUAUCUGCUGAUGUCAGGCGCAAAACAUUGCUCACUGCUGCAGGGGAGACUAUCAGUUUCAAGUUUCUCAUCAUUGCAACAGGUGCUCGGGCUCUGAAGCUGGAAGAAUUUGGAGUCACAGGAUCGGAUGCUCCAAAUGUGUGUUACUUACGAAACUUAGCUGAUGCAAACAGGCUAGUCGAUGUGAUCGGAUCCCAAACUGGUGGGAAUGCUGUAGUGAUCGGUGGAGGCUACAUAGGAAUGGAAUGUGCCGCGUCUUUGGUGAUCAAUAAGAUGAACGUGACCAUGGUUUUUCCGGAACCACAUUGCAUGGCAAGGCUGUUUUCGCCCAAGAUAGCAGGAUAUUAUGAGGAGUACUAUAAAUCCAAAGGAGUACAAUUCGUCAAAGGCACUGUCUUGUCAUCUUUUGAUUUUGACUCCGAUGGACAAGUUACAUCUGUGAACCUAAGAGAUGGAACUCAGCUACCAGCAGAUGUAGUUGUGGUUGGAAUCGGGAUACGACCAAACACAAGUCUCUUCGAGGGUCAACUGACUCUCGACAAGGGUGGAAUCAAGACGAACGGUAAAAUGCAGACAAGCAACGCUUCAGUCUACGCAGUUGGUGAUGUGGCAGCAUUUCCAGUCAAGCUGUUUGGAGAGACACGGAGGCUGGAGCACGUGGACUCUGCCAGGAAAUCAGCGAUACACGCUGUUGCCUCGAUAUUGGAUCCCCAGAAAGCAGAUGAAUUCGACUACCUCCCAUUUUUCUACUCCAGGGUCUUCGCCUUCUCCUGGCAGUUCUAUGGGGACAAUGCAGGGGAAGUGGUCCACUUUGGGGACUUCUCCGGGAGCAGAAUCGGGGCCUACUGGGUCAGCAAGGGGCACCUGGUGGGGUCAUUCCUCGAAGGUGGAACCAAAGAAGAGUAUGAUGCUAUCGCCCUGGCCACAAAGGUGAAACCAGCAGUUGAUGAUUUGGCUAAGCUGGAAGAGCUGGGGUUGGAGUUUGCAUUAGCAAUCAGUGAGGGACCUGUGGAAACUUGUCCCCCAUCUGGUGACAAUGACGACAAUCCCCCUGGAUUGGCAGUGGAGAAGCCGACGGUGUAUCCUUGGCAUGCAGCAGCUGGUGUUGCUGUUGCUGCGUCAGUGGCUGCCUUUGCUUAUUGGUACGGGAGAAGGCGUAGGAGGUGGUGAACAAUCGGGGAGGAAAGUUGUGUAAUCUGUUGAAUGGUGUAGGUUACUUGAAAUUGAAAACUUGUACCUUGUGUCACAAGUUUCCACUUGUUGUACCAAAUCAUAUAGGAAGUCUUAGGAUAUGUUGAAAGAUACAUCUUGAUGAUGAUGAGACUACGAUUUGGGGAUAUACCAUUUUCAUUCAAGCACCGAAGAGUUGUGUUCUUAUCAUCAAGCACAAAAUUAAUGCAUCACAAAAUUAAAGUGGAGGUCAAAGAACUUGAUUAGGUGGUAGGUAAAUGUAUUGCUAAAUUUGUACCAAACUAGAAAUGAUACAUACAGAGGCAUGAUGGAUGAGGAUUUCAUGUUAAGUGGGAAUCAAGUUAGGUUCUAUACUUCUAAUUGAUUGGGCUCUAUCUAUUUUAAUAUGUUAUUCAACGAAAACUAUCAAAUAUUUUUUUCUUAUCCAAAAAAUACUAUCCAAACAACAUAAAGAGAUGGUGAUUUGAGUAAUGAUGUUUAAUUAUUCAAAAGAUAGAGAUUCAUACAUGGUUUGAAGUGGGAAUUUUACUACAAAAGAGAAGUUAUAAAACAAGUACAAUAUG